UGCAUUAUUCCAUACUAUUUUUAAGUAUUUUAAUUUGCAACCCCGAUCUUUAUCUGCAGAUACAAGUGCACUUUUUUGUUUAAUAUCAUUCAGAUUUAGAAAUUAAUUUGCUACGCGAAAUUCAUCAGCUGAAAGUAAAUCUUUUUAAAAUUUGAAGGGUUAAAUGGCAACAGCGACCUUAACAUUGAAAUGGAUCUAGUGGAUAUAGACCAAGUUUUGGACAAUUUGGAAUUGCGGGAGGCCGCAGAUGAACACAAUAGGACUAAAUCCGCUGAGAUUACGACGAUAGCACAAAAUGCUGCCGAAUCGUCUAACCAUUUAUCUAAAGGGGAUAAUGGAAGUGCAGUGGUUAAUUUAAAUACCUCUACUCAAAAAAGUGGAUUUGUAGGUGUCUCCCAGGUGUUUAACAGUUUAGACGACUAUCAAAAAAAUGUAGAAUCACUGGAAACUGCACCGGCACAGCGGUAUGAUGAAGAGUGUCGUCUGAUAUCAGACGUAGCAACGCCGAAACCAUCCGUAGAAAACAUUUCAAAUGAAAAUGAGUUGGCGGAUGCAGCGGUUUCGGACACUAUAGAGUCAGAACAAUUGAAAGAAAAUACAUUAAAUAAUGAUAUGGUUGUGAAAACAAUAGAUGCGCGAAGUGAUAGUAGCAUAGAAUUGGCGCAUAACAAAGUGUACGUAGUUGAUGCAGAAGAUGAAGAAGAAGCAAGUGACGACAUACACAAAUUUACUGAAGAUAGUAGACAUAUUCGUAGAAUCGGUUAUGAAGAAAACGAAGUGACUGAUAACAGCCCACUUUCGUCAGACUCUUUGACAACUUCAUCAUCAUCGACAUUCUCGUCAGGUCCAUCUCCUGGCAUUGUUUCUACAACUGACGAGCACUCAGCGCCACUAACCCCAGACGAAGAAUGCGCAAAUGGAGAACGAGAUGCGUUAUUGCCUGUACAACCAAUUGUUACUGAGCCAGAUGAUGAUGACGAUGACGAUGAGGAGGCAGGUGUAAUGACAGAUGAAGAGGUAGUAGAUGAUGGAAAGGAAAGUGAUUUGAUUAGUGCACAGCAAGCUGAAAGUACCGGCGGCAUAGAGGAUAUAGCUGUAGGUUUGUCAUCCAUAUCAUUGACAACCGGAAAUUCUCAACUUAAUUUACCUUCUGUCUCUUCGGUAUUGCAAAACGUAUUGGAGGAUUUGUCAGAAACUACGAAUAACUCGCUAGUAAGCCAGAAGCGUAAAGAAGCGGCAAAUGUUCAAAAUACGGAAUUUGCCGCACAGGGUUCCGAUGAUUUUCAAAAAACUGAAUCUGCAGUUCAAGAAGCUGAUAACAAAAAUGAAAACAAGCAAAUCGAAUGUGAUGUUCCGCCACCUAAACCGCAACCAAUAAAAGCGCUGCAGCAACCUAUUACCUUUGGUUCAACCAUGGACGAAAUCUCCGAUACAGAACUGGAUAGCAUGUUACAGGAGAUGGACAUCGAUGAUGUCAGCGACGGUGAUGCUGUGCCUAAGCUAAAUGCUUCAACUGAUUGCAACUCGUCUUCUCAGGCUCAGCCAACAACUAUGAUUACAGAAGCGGUCGAAAAUGUGGAGGCAUUAACCCCAGCAAUGUCAACAACGAAAACUGACGAAACAAGUCACGAAUCUGAAAUCAAUGUUGCUGGUAAAACCAGCAUAAUAGGGAAUAAUGGUGCUGAGGUGGCUGUGGGAUGUGCCAGUAGUGAUUGUCUUAACGCGGACAGUUUUUCACAGGCAUCAACUGUUGAGUUUUCUGAAUUACGCGCGCAUUCUAUAGCUGCAGGGCAAGUUGAUGCAAGUAUGGCGCCAUCAUCCAAUUCCGUUGCAUCGUCGUACACUGGUUCCGAGUGUUCCUUAGAGGGAGGCGUUAUUGGCGGCGAACGAAUCAGUGACGAAGAAGUUACAACAGCUACUGUGGAUUAUAUAGUUAAAACAUCUGUGGAAACGACAGACGAUGAAAGUGGCAGCACAGAUGAGAGUGCUUACGGCGAAGGUACUGUCCAACGACCACAGCGUCCAACUUCACUUAAUUUGCCUAUAAUGCAAUCAAACUUAUAUGAGAAUGCGGGGCAAACGCCACCGGGAACACAAACAACGCAAAAUACAACGCUGCACAUAGACAAUACUAAUCAGAAUGCACUAAACAUCAGGGAUAUGAAUUCAACACCAAUCGCUUCCCCAGAAGAUGAAAUCGGGGCCAUUAACGAAGUUGCCGAGGCCACAGGUUAUAGUGAUCCAUACGCGAAUCUCGGUAAAGUGCCUCCAAUUUGGGUGCCGGAUAAUAUGGCCUCAGGUUGCAUGCAGUGUCACGCCAAAUUCACCAUGAUUAAACGGCGACACCACUGUCGUGCUUGUGGCAAAGUACUUUGCUCCGUUUGCUGCUCCCAAAAAUUCAAGUUGGAGUUUCUCAGCAGCACCGCCGAAUCACGCGUUUGUUUGCAGUGCUUUCUUAUACUUACCCAAAGGCAACAGGGUGGCGGCGUUAUUGGUAGUGAGGUUAACCCUGGCGUCGACAAUGACGUUACGUCAACAGCAGCUAUAAAUACCAAUGUAACGUCUAGUCAAACAGAUGUUCAGGUGCGUUCACCCAAUCCGAAUAAUCCGAUGGAGUACUGUUCCACCAUACCACCAUACCGACAGGUGAAUGCACAGAACGUGCAGCCGCCAUCUGUCAUUGUGCCAGUGGGUGUGCUCAAAAAGGAAGGUAGCUAUUCUUCGAAUUCAUCGAACGGUGGCGGUGAUGGCGGCAAAAAGGGACGCAAGCGAAAAAGCGUUAUGUUCAGUGAUGGCAUAGCACCCGGCAGCGACUUGGCUAGCAUGGAACAUCAGUGGGCAGAUGCUAAACAUGCGCGUCGUGGCGCUCAUCAGCAGGGUGAUAAAUCAAGAAGCAGCAGCGGCGCAGUAAAUAAACCACCCACACCUGUGCGCACGCAACCCAGCAACAGUGAUGCAACAACAAUUGGUUUAGUGGCAUCAUUGUUUCGCGGCUCCAUACCACCAAUGGCUGCGGCAGCAACAAUGGCAGCUGUGCAAGACGACGAUAAAGAAUCAACGAAAUCAGUAACAAAUAAAACGAAAACCUCCAGUAACAACAGUAAGGUAGCUGAGGCGACUGCAGUUUCACGACCUAAACGUUUGCCACCUUCCGGCAGCGAUGAAAAUGGCUGCUUCAUUCCACCGGGAGACAACAACACUUUGCCACCAAUUUAUGUGCGCAAAGACGAAAGCAACUGUGAUUUCGACUUCAAGGAAGUGCAGAACAAUCCGGAGCUUGUGACACGGCUGCGUAAUGAAACGCUGAGAUUUGCAUUGGAAAAGAACUUCUUUGUAGACGUGAAAAUAUUAAAUCUCAAAUGUUGCAUGAACCGCACCGUCAUCAAUUUCACCACAUGUGGUAUGCACCAUGUCGGCAAUGAUGAGCUCAUUAUUCUAUUGGAAUUCGAAGCGCAAACGUCUAAUUCGGUGAACAGUAAAGACGCUACUGCGGCGCCAUUACCAAAGGACAUCUUCAUUCAUCUAUAUGAGAUCUAUCGUGAUGCCGAGCUAGGCAAUCCCAUCGCCGAGCUGUCAUAUACCAGCCCCAGAGCGAGUAAUUUUCUGGGAACGCGUGACUAUGGUGGCUUCAUCUUCAUACGCGCCACAUUUCAGUGUUUGCAAGAUGUAUUAGUGCCGGAGCAGCCCUUCCUGAUCGGCAUACUCAUACAUCGGUAUGAAGUGCCUUGGGCCAAGGUGUUUCCAUUACGCUUAAUGUUGCGAUUGGGCGCGCAAUAUCGCUACUAUCCCUGCCCGCACAUCUCCAUACGUAAUCGAGAAUCGGUUUAUGCCGAAAUAGCCCAGACUAUAAUCAAUUUCCUAGCGGACUUCCGCAAUUAUUCAUACACAUUGCCUUGCAUUAAGGGCAUGUACAUACAUAUGGAGGAUAGACAGACGACGGUAAUGAUACCACGCAAUAGACAGGAGGACGUCAUUAAGGCAAUUAAAAAUGCCAGCGAUCAUAUAUUAGCGUUCGGUGGCAAUUUCUCAAAAACUGCGGACGGACAUCUGGUGUGCAUGCAAAACGUUAAUGACAUGGGCACCGAAAUGUAUGCAUAUUCAACACAAGCCAUCAACAUACAAGGGCAGCCACGCAAAGUCACUGGCGCUAGUUUCUUCGUGCUGAACGAGUCGCUAAAAAGUACGAGCGGCCUCUCCGGCAAAUGUAGCAUUGUCGAAGAUGGUUUGAUGGUGCAAAUAUUGCCCAGUAAAAUGGAGGAAAUACGAAAUUCGCUACAAAAUCAAAAGGAUGUGGAAAUAAUAUGCGGUCCGGUGGACGCCGAUGACCAGCAAACCGAGGUUGUGAGCAUCAAAUGGGUGGAGAACGAUACGGACUUUAAUGUUGGCGUCAAAUCACCCAUUGAUGAGAAAUCAAUGGAGGGCAUUUCCAGUAUGCGUGUGCACGAUAGCUUUAACUAUGCGAACGCUAACUACGCUAUACGGCUGACAGAUAUUUACAUACUUAAAUACGACGAGUGGUACACGUCUGCGCAGUCUGCCUUGGCAGCCACUUCUAUGGACAUCACGCGUAUGGCUGGACAGAUAGCGCGCAGUGCAUGCGUGGCUUUGGUGCCGUUUCUUGAUCUGCUCGUCGCAAGUGGCAGCCGCAAGUUGGCUUUGCGUGCAACACUUCAUCAGGAGAAUGUCUGCUAUGAGGCUGGCACACGCGGCAACAAGCUCCCUCCGCUUUAUAUGAACGCUUUGGACGACAAUUUAAUACCGACAUUGCAUGGCGAAUCGUCCGGCAUUGAGGAUGCAAUAAUCUUAGAGUUAGUUUUUUACAUUUUAAACUGUUAGUCUAUUCUAUGCUAAGCGGUGUAUUUGAUAAGUGCGACAGUAUUGCAAACAGUGGACAGGAGCGCAAUCUUACGCUGUAUUACUAUAAACUGAAUUAUAAAGUUAGCGUUAAAGCUUGAAAAAGCAUAACAACCAUAAAUUAGUGAGAUUGGAAAUUAGGCCAAAACAACGUUAUUACUUUACUCCAAACUAUGGCUUAGCUACAUAUGUGCAAACAAUAUACGACUGGCAACUAACGAUAAAAAAUACGAGUAUUGGCAAUAUUAUGGAAUGUAGUUAAACAAAUAUUAUCUUUUGAACAGAGCUGCGACAUUUUAAUGUUGGGUUUGACAUAUAUUAUGAGUUCAUUUUUAUAAAUAAGGCUGCUUUUAAAGCUAAAUUUGUUGGUAUAGGGCGUCACACAUACACAUGUAUGUACAUAUAUAUAUAUGAAAUAUACGUAGUUAAGCUGAUUAUAGAUCUUUUCUGUGUAAUUUGUUUUAGUGUAAAGUAUAUAACAUGUAACUAAACGAAUUUUAUCUUCAUUUUAUUUGAAAUUUUAAUUUCUUCACGACAAAAUUUUACGAGAAAUAAAGUACCUAUCUUAUUAGCAACUAUAUAAACAAACUAUAUUAGUAUGAAAACAAA